AGAUACAGGACGACUAUCGCAACUUUUGCCAAAUCGCCCACCAUGUUUCUUCUUCGCCGCACUGCCGUCCGCGCCAUCAGCGCAUCGCCUUCCAAGACAUUUCUUGCGAAGCCGCGAAGCAUCAACACCAUUACCCCAUCCGCCUUUCGCCUUCGACAACCCACCUGGUCAAUUGCUUCCUUCCAGAGGAGAUUCGCCAGCGAUGACGUGACCAAGACAGAAGAGGCGCAGACCAGCGAUGAGAACUUUGCGCAAACAGCAGCAGAGGCACCAGUUGAGGAGAACCUGACGCCUGCACAAGAAGAGGCUCAGGCCGACCCCAAGGAUGAGUCUGCUACUAUCGGCGUAGAUGCACUGGAAGCAGCUACCAACAGACCCACGACCAUGGGCAGGCAGUCGAGGCAAUCCAGGAACACGGAACCAAACAAGAUGUUAUAUAUUGGCAACUUGUACUACGAGGUCACGGCUGACCAGCUGAAGCGUGUCUUCUCACGCUUCGGUGAGGUUGAGUCGGUCAAGAUCGUUUACGACAACAGAGGCCUCAGCAGAGGUUUCGGAUACGUCGAGUUUGCAAACAUGGCUGAUGCGCAGGCGGCCAUUGACAACCUCGACAUGCAGGUCUUUGAGGGUCGCAACAUGGUCGUCCAGUACCACCAGCCCAAGCCCAACUCCAUGUCGCGCAACGCUUCUGGCAGCUUCGAUGCCAACGCUCCCUCCAAGACUCUCUUCAUCGGUAACAUGUCGUUUGAGAUGUCAGACAAGGACCUUAACGAUCUCUUCCGUGACAUUCGAAACGUCAUGGAUGUGCGCGUUGCCAUUGACAGGAGAACGGGUCAGCCCAGAGGUUUUGCCCAUGCCGACUUCAUCGACGUAGCCAGCGCCACCAAGGCCAAGGAAGUGCUCAGUGAGAAGGUCAUUUACGGACGACAGCUUCGCAUCGACUACAGCAAGCCGGGUACGAGCGAGCAGCGGGGAAAGCGCGCCGAUUCUACCCAGGAUUAAAGCCGGCGUAGUAAAAAGGAGGCGUGAACAGCGUGGAGAGUGGAGAUACCAGGACCGCUUCGUGCUCCUAUGACGGAUGAUGGGUUCGGAGAUGGUCGAUAUAUCUGUACGAUUUUCACGACUGGCAUGUUUGCCUCAUUUGUUGCGUAAUGUGAGGGUAAAUAGGUCUCAUGUAUCAUAAGGGCAGCGUCCGGCGUUGUUACUCUCCUCUUCUUUGGCAUGCAGCUCGGGUGGAUAAUUGCCGUAUAAAAGGAAAUCCACAUUGCACUACAA